AGUCGAAUCGCUUUCGACUUGUUAUUAUUAGUUUACGAUCGAAUUUGAAGUAGUUAGUGAGAGAACAACAAGUUAGACUAAUUGCGUCGUUUGUUUCGUAAAAUGAGACAUCGCAAAGUUCAUGUCACGUCAGCUCUUAUCGCCUAAUCGCUGUUUUCAAAAACACCAUUCACACAAUAAUUGCACAAAAUACAGAGAAAGAAUAUGUUCAAAUAUUCCACAAAAACGAGAGAGUGCGUCACGGUUAUUCAAGUUUUUUUAAUUAAAAAUUCAUCUAUAAAAUCUGAAGCUCUUUGCUUCGCUUGGACAUUCUUGCGUUUUCUUCUGGAUGAUUGACCGUUUCUGAAUAUGAAAGGUUUUAUCCUUGCGCUUGUAAUAAGCGUCUUUGCGGUAUCCUGGGCCCAAGAUGGGGCUGACGGACCGAAUCCACUCCAGGUUGUAAAUGUUGCAAAUGUGAAAGAAGAAAAACCCGGGGGCGACCUAAUCGUAACUGGUGAAGAAAGUAAUGUAGGUGACAAUACUCUGUCUUCAGCUUCUUAUAACUCCGGCCAGUCUGGGGCAACUGGAGCAAAAUCUCUGGCAACCGGGGCUAGACAUUUUUGGCCCCCUCCAGUAUACCCACAUCCUAAUCCUUAUGACACAUGUCCAGUAUACAGGUAUGAGCCGAAGGACCCCGUCUGUAGAGCAGGUCAUUCUUGCAGCAAGCGUCGAUGUAAAAUUAAAGUAAAGAAAGGAUAUUACUGCGGAUUGGAAUUCUACUUGUACAACCCAUUUUGGGUCGCUGGAAGCUAUUGCAAGUCUCAAUCUAAGUGUGGACUCGAUUACUGGCGUCUAUGUUACUGUAGAACCAAGUUCUGUUGGUUCAAGCUGAAACGUGUUAUCAAACACUACAGCAAAUAUUACUUCGUUUAUGUGUGGAUGAGACACCCAUGCGGAUGUGAAUGCCGUGGCAAGAAGAAGCAAAAGCCAUACAUUCCUCAUCCAACUAUAUACCAUCCGCCCACACCUCACACAAGUUAUCCGGAUUUACCAUACUAUCCGGAUCAACCUUAUUAUCCGGAUACAGACCACCCCUAUCCACAUGGUCCCAUUUGGUAAUGAGGAUCUAUGACUAUGGUUGUAAAUGAAGACAGUUCAAUAAUGUUGGAAUUCUUUUUAUUUUGUUUUGUUGAUGGGUUUGAAGUGCCACCGUGAGGAUGUCGCUGCUGUAUAACUAGUAUAUAUUGGUUCUUCGCGUCUUCCUCCACCUUGGAAUGUGAUUUUGAACACUUUAUUUUCAAUUCAGUAUAUUUAGUGCAUAUUUUAGC